AGAAAGGGGCCGCGUUUCCUGUUUGUGGGCUGAUUUCCUGAGACCUAGGUGACAAACAACAUUGAUCUAUUUAUUCUGCAGUCGAAUACCUGGGUUUGGUUUUAAGUAUCAUCUCUCAAUUCCCUGUGGUAUUAUCACUGAAAGAGUUAAUUCAAUAGAUACAUAAACUCUUUUUGCACGUCCGCGGCGCUUUGUUUGGUCAUUAAGUUUUUCCCGCGUUUGGAAGCAAAAGCAGCAGCAUGGCUUCAACCUGUUCAAGAUGUGGACCAGGAUAUAAAACCCCUUUACACGCCAUGAAAGGGCCUCGAGAAGAGAUUGUCUACCUACCAUGCAUUUACCGCAACACAGACAUUCAGAAACCUGACUAUCUUGCGACUGUUGAUGUCAAUCCACAAUCUCCCAAUUUUUGCAAGGUGAUUCACAGGCUGCCCAUGCCCAAUCUAAAGGAUGAGCUACACCAUUCUGGUUGGAAUGCCUGUAGCAGUUGUUAUGAUGAUCCCUCCAAAAGACGCAAUCUUCUCAUUCUGCCUUCCAUGAUCUCCUCUCGUAUCUACGUCGUUGAUGUAGGGACGGAUCCACGGGCCCCACGGCUUCAUAAGAUAGUCGAGCCCAUAGAUCUGUUCUGGAAAUGCGGCCUUGCCAACCCCCACACUUCUCACUGCUUAGGCAGUGGCCAAAUCAUGAUCAGUACCAUGGGCGAUCCGUCUGGCAAUGGCAAGGGUGGUUUUGUGUUGUUGGAUGGCAAGACUUUUGAAGUGAUUGGCAACUGGGAGCAGCCAGGUGAAGCAGCACCCUUUGGUUAUGACUUCUGGUACCAGCCUCGCCAUAACGUCAUGAUCAGCACUGAAUGGGGAGCACCCAAGGCAUUGGGAAACGGCUUCAACCCUGCAGAUGUCAAAGCUGGUCAUUAUGGGCAGCGCCUUCAUGUGUGGGACUGGACCACACACAAACGGAUUCAGACUCUGGAUCUGGGGGAAGAGGGUGCUAUUCCUCUGGAGAUCCGCUUCCUGCAUGACCCUGAUGCGGCAGAAGGGUUCGUGGGCUGCGCGCUUCAGAGCACCAUCUUCCGCUUCUACAAGACUCGGAAAGGGGACUGGGCAGCAGAGAAAGUCAUCCAUAUUCCAAGCAAAAAAGUGAAAGAUUGGGCUCUUCUUGAAAUGCCAGGUCUCAUAACGGACAUCUUGAUCUCACUGGACGACCGCUUCCUGUACUUCAGUAACUGGCUGCAUGGAGACAUUCGACAGUAUGACAUCACGGACAGGAGGAAUCCACGUAUGGUUGGUCAGGUCUUCGUUGCAGGCAGUAUCUUAAAAGAUGGACCAGUGAAAGUAUUGGAGGACAAAGAACUGGAUAACCAGCCUGCCCCACGGAUAAUAAAGGGCAAGCGUGUGCAGGGAGGCCCUCAGAUGCUCCAGCUGAGCUUGGAUGGAAAACGUCUGUACGUCACCACCUCUUUAUACAGUGCCUGGGACAAGCAGUUCUACCCUGACCUCGUCAAGGAGGGGUCGGUCAUGAUGCAGAUUGACGUGGACACAGAUAAAGGCGGCCUGAAGCUCAAUGAGAAUUUCCUUGUGGAUUUCGGAGCAGAACCAGAUGGUCCUGCACUUGCCCAUGAGCUCAGAUAUCCUGGUGGAGACUGCACUUCUGACAUCUGGUUAUGAAAUUGGGGCCAAGCCAUUAUGUUCCAAGGAAGAGAAUUUAUUAUUCCCAUUUUCUCAGUGGAGAUAUCACCAGUAUCAUGAUCACGUUUAAUAUAUGUAUGGACCAAAUCCUUCAAGGGAUAAUCUGAUUGCGAUUUCAAGUUUUCCUUUCUCUUUGGAGUGUCACAAGCUGUUGGUGCAAAAUGAAGAUCUGUAAAGUUGUAAAGACUUAAGUCUCAAAUCCAUAGAGAUGUUCUUUAUAAAAGUUAAGAGUCAACCACACACCCCCUAAAACAGCUCAUUCAUACACGCCCCCCACGACUACGUCACUGUGUGGGAAGAUUUGCAUAAUGCCGCCCAAAUGUUCGCGCAAAGAAAGAAGGCGUAAAUCUCUCGCUGUAGUAUUGUUGCUGCUGCCAUGUCGUGGAGACGCUGUGUGUUUCAUUGUGAAAGCACAACUACUUUGGCCUUCCGAAAGAGGACACAACUAGAAAUUAGUUUAGUUGUAUUUACAACACCGUUCCGGAACAGUUCAACCCAAAUAUUCAGAUUUGUGCAGUUCAUUUUAAUGGAGGAUGAGGACUGUUUCCUGUGAGAGUAGCCUACAAUGCUGGUGUCUGUUUCUAUGAAGUGGGGCAGUUCCAACUUUGCAAGGACAGUCUGGCGCUUCUGACUCACAGCCUGUAAGUAAGUUUUCAUAUUUAAAGAAUUUGCCACUGACAAUUCAAACGUGAGUUUUGAGCAGUUUAGAGUAGAGCUUGUUGUUUGUCGUUUCUCCAAUCACAAAUGCAGACAUGGUUUUAUCUUUACAAAGCACAAUACACAACACAUUAAAUGUUGUAAUUUUAGCCGUAGUGCAGCAUCCUAUUUUAUAAAAUACAUCUUUACAAGAUGGUCAAGAACAUACUUAAUUUUGUUCGUUAUUUUAUAUUUUUAUAUUUAUAUUUUCAGACUCAUUUUAAAAUGAAUUUUGCACAUCACAGGAACUUAUAAAAUGACCUGUUUUAAGGUAAAAUCCUACAGCACUCAAAGCACAGCACUUAUAUAUAUAUAUAUAUAUAUAUAUAUAUAUAUAUAUAUAUAUAUAAAAAAUGUACAAAUAAAAAAUUACAUUUAUGCAUUUAUCAGAUGCUUUUAUCCAAUGCGACUUACAGUGCAUUCAGGCUAUCAAUUUUUACCUAUCAUGUGUUCCCGGGGAAUCAAACCCCCAACCUUGGGCUUGAUAAAGCAAAUGCUCUACCAAUUGAGCUACAGGAAUACUGUGUGUGCGCGUGCAGUUGAACCAAAAUUUAUUCAGACAACUUGAACAUUUCAAUCAUUAAUACAGUUUAUUCACUAUAGUUUAAAAAAAUGGAAAUAAAAUAUGACAAGAUCUCAGAGUUAAACUGUUUCAGAAAAAUAUUAUCUUAAUUAAACAAUGGAACUCUCCUUGCUCAUUCCGAGUCUAUAGAAUAGGGUGUCAUUGCUAAAAAGAACAUUAUUUUGUGUAUUUGGCAAUGUGCUUAUGCAGUAGGUAAAAAAAACCACAUUAUUUUCCACAUCAUGUACAUCAACAUCUUUCUGAAACACAUAGAUUUUUACAAAGCUCAUCAUUCCGAAAAGCGAGGUGUACACUGAUUAAUCAGCUAUCCAUUGUGUUGUGAUUGGUCGAAUACUUCCAGCGUAGGACGAAACUGUACAUUCCUUCGUAAAAUGUGCUUCACACAUCUGAAUAUUUGGAUUGAAUUGUUCCGGAACAGUGUUGUAAAUACAACUUAACCACUGAUUUCUAGUGGUGUCCUCUUUUGGAAGACCAAACAAAGUAGUCACAGUGUCACAGAGGGCUGGCUUGAGAACGGUGCGGUUGGUGGGUUUGCGGCAACCACAAGUGACAACCCUGGGCUUGACUCUGCUUCGGCCAUGGUGAAAGCCAAUCCAGCAAUUUACAGUGCUGGUAUCGCUUUCACAACAAUACACACAGUGUCUCCACGACAUGGAGGCGGAGGCAACAGCGAGAAUAAAAGUUUUGCCUUCUUUCUUUGGGUGAACAUUUGGGUGGUGUCAUGCAAAUCUUCCCACACAGUGACAUAGACAUGUGGGGGAGUGUUUAAACAAGGCAUUUUAGCAGGUUGUCUUAACUUUUAUCUCUUUCGGUUUGAGACUUUAGUCUUUGCAACUUUAGGGAUCUUAUCUAUGCAUGAACAGCUUGUAACACUCCAAAGAGCAAAGAAAUGUUUUAAUUGCAUCAUAUGACCCCUUUAAUCAUAUUAUGUGUCAAUUAGCAAUUACAAGAGUGAACAAUGUGAACAAUAAAUCACAUCUUAAACAAAAACUGAUUUUCAUUGUCUUUAUAUGCUUUAAACAUUUUUGGAAAUAAAUAUUUUGCAUCCCAGUGAA